CCCCCCUGCUCCGCUAAACGUUCAGUCUCCAAACAGCUGUCGAAAUGGCACUACCUUCCCGCCUCGGUGCAUUUAUGGUUGGCGCGGCGUUGGGAAGUGCACAGUGCUUCUAUUGGUUGCAUACGGAUGUGACGAACGUUGCAGAGGCGAUGACUCGGAAGAUCGCCUCUGUCCGCCUUGAGAUCGAGGAAAAGGAUCGCGUCGCAGGCAUGAAGGUUUCUGCAAUCGAGUCUGCGACGAAAAAUUACAGGGCCGUUGAGGCUGUACCAGAUGGCGUUCAUGCCGGAUCUUCAGCAUGACAGCUGCACCAGAGAGUAGUGAGGGACAUUUUCCGGAUAUGGAAGAUGCAUGUUGGAUCUAUUGGGGAAACGAUUGUUGCUACGAGUAUUAUCGUUGGGCUUCAAUGCGACCAAGCCGGCAAGAGACAUUGGUUAGCUUGGCCUCGAGACCAAGAUGGCCAACCCGUACGCAUUUCUGAUAAUGCAAGCUGUCAACAACCGAGCAGUGGGUGUGUGAAGUCCGCGUCACAAGACUAUACCCACGACCCGGCAGCUAGCCCCUAUCGCUUCUGAAAGAACUUCUAUGUCAGUUGAACUGAA